AAGAACGGAACACGUGCCUGAUGUCAACAAAUGUUGAUGAGGUAGGCUUGGUUCAGUGUGGUUCCUGCUCCUAGAGUGAAACUGUCGACUGAAUAUGACAGCAAGAUGUCGGAGGACGAGCCUGAAGAUUUGACAGCCGCGAUCAAACAACAGUUUCUGUAUUUGGCCAGCGAGGCGAGAGAGUUGUACUUGGACAGUGAAGUCCCACUGCUGACCUCGCCGCCAACACCGCUGACCUUCUAUCGACAGUAUGUGGCUCCCAACAAGCCUGUCCUGAUCAGAGGCCUCACUGACCACUGGCCAGCCCUGUCCAAGUGGUCACCCGAUUAUUUCAGGAAGACAAUUGGGGAGCUGGAAGUGACGGUCACGGCGACGCCCAAUGGCUACGCCGACGCUGUGACAGAGGGGAAGUUUGUGAUGCCCGAGGAACAACGGAUGACGAUGUCGGAGUUCCUUGAUCAUCUCGAUAAGGGGGACAACUCUGCCGAGGUGUACUACAUCCAGAAACAGAACUCCAACUUGACAGAGGAGUUCACCUCCAUCAUUUCUGAUGUAGAACCCAACCUGAAACUGGGCAGUGAGGCGUUUGGGAGAUGUCCUGAUGCUGUGAACUUCUGGAUGGGGGAUGGUCGAGCUAUCACCUCCAUGCACAGAGACCACUAUGAGAACCUGUACUGUGUCGUGUCUGGAUGGAAGAAAUUUAUCCUCAUUCCUCCAACAGACGUGCCGUUCAUUCCAUAUGGGGAAUACCAGGCUGCUGCAUACAGCACAGACGAUGACGGCAACUUCCACAUCGUAGACGACGAGGAGGCAGGGCAGGUCCCCUGGAUCUCCAUCGACCCGCUGAAUCCAGACCUGAAGAAAUAUCCACAGUACGCAUCUGCACGUCCCAUCGAGGUGGUGGUGCAGGCGGGAGAGACGCUGUACCUGCCGUCGCUCUGGUUCCACCACGUCCAGCAGUCACAUGCAUGUAUAGCCGUGAACUACUGGUACGACAUGGACUUUGACAUCAGGUACAACUACUUCAAGUUUGUGGAGAAGGUGAAGGAAAUAGUCAGCUGACUCUCAUCACAGGAUAGAAGAGGCGUUUUUAUAUUCUUGUUAAUACAAAUAUGUAUUGUAUCUGUCUCUCUGCAUGGAUUAGGUGCAUGAUAGGAUUUGUUCAGUCACAUUAACUUGUGAUAUGUAUGUGUGAUAUCAUUGUUCAGUCUCAUUACAUUCAGAUGUGGUUAGAGUAGGUCUUCAGCAACCCAUACAUGCUGUAAAAGGUGACUAUGCUUGUCGUAAGAGGCGACUAACAGGAUCGGGUGGUCAGGCUCGCUGACUUGGUUGAUGCAUGUCAUCAUAUCCCA